AUGGCCAAAGUUAUCGACGGAAAGGUUAUUGCACAAAACCUCCGCAACGACAUCAAGUCGCAAAUCGAGGAGAUGCGCAAGACGACCCCUCACUUCAACCCAAAGUUGUCGAUCAUCCAGGUCGGAGCACGAGAGGAUUCGAACGUCUACGUCAACAUGAAGAUGAAGGCUGCCAAGGAGGCCGGCAUGGACUUUGAGCUCUUCCACUUGCCUCCCACUAUCACUCAGUUCGAGCUCCUGUCCAAGGUCCAAGCUUUGAACAACGACCCCAAGGUUCACGGAAUUCUUGUUCAACUUCCUCUCCCCGAACACUUGGAUGACAGGAUCGUUACUGAGGCCAUUGACCCCAAGAAAGAUGUCGACGGCUUCCAUGCUAUCAACAUUGGUCACCUCUCCAAGCGUGCUUCUGAGCCGGCUUUCGUCCCUUGCACCCCUAAGGGAGUUAUUGAGCUUAUCAAGUCGACUGGCGUCACCAUGUCAGGCAAGAAGGCCGUUGUUGUUGGACGCAGUGAUAUUGUCGGUACCCCCGUCUUCAGCUUGUUGACCAAGAACAACUGCACUGUCACUCUCUGCCACUCCAAGACCACCAACUUGGCCGAGGUUGUCAAGACUGCUGAUAUCCUUGUUGUCGCCAUUGGCAGCGCCGAGUUUGUCAAGGGCGAGUGGAUCAAGGAUGGCGCUGUUGUCAUCGAUGUCGGCACCAACGCCGUUGAAGAUGCCACCAAGAAGUCUGGAAUCCGUUGGGUUGGUGAUGUCGAGUACAACGCCGCCGCUACCCAUGCCUCCCACAUUACCCCUGUUCCUGGUGGAGUUGGUCCCAUGACCGUUGCCAUGUUGAUGCAGAACACCUACUUGUCCGCUGUCCGUUUCCUCAACGAGUCCCGCCAGCGUGCUAUUGUUCCUCUCCCUUUGGAGCUCUUGGAGCCCGUCCCCAGCGAUAUUGCCAUUGCCUUGGCUCAGAAGCCCAAGCCUAUCAAGUUUAUUGCCGAAGAGCUCGGUCUCUUGCCCAGCGAGCUUGAGUUGUAUGGAGACUACAAAGCCAAGGUCAACUUGGAUAUUUUGGAGCGUCUCUCCCACCGUCAGAACGGUCGCUAUGUUGUCGUGACAGGAAUUACCCCUACUCCUUUGGGUGAGGGCAAGUCGACUACCACCGUCGGUUUGGUCCAGGCUUUGGGGGCUCACUUGAAUAAGAUUGCCUUUGGAUGUGUUCGUCAGCCUUCCCAGGGACCUACUUUCGGAAUCAAGGGAGGAGCUGCCGGAGGCGGAUACUCUCAGGUCAUUCCCAUGGAUGAGUUCAACUUGCAUUUGACUGGAGAUAUUCACGCCGUUACCGCCGCUAACAACUUGUUGGCUGCUGCCAUUGAUGCCCGCAUGUUCCACGAGAACACCCAGACCGACAAGGCACUCUUCAACCGUCUCUGUCCCCCCAAGAAGGGUAAGCGUACCUUUGCGCCCGUCAUGUUGGGCCGUUUGGGGCGCUUGGGCAUCAACAAGACCGACCCUGCCGAGUUGACCCCCGAGGAGGUCACCCGCUUUGCUCGCUUGGAUAUUGACCCUGCCACCAUUACCUGGCAGCGCGUCAUGGACACCAACGAUCGCUUCUUGCGCAAGAUUGAGAUCGGACGUAACGACACUGAGGCUGGCCACGAGCGCAUGACCGGAUUCGAUAUUGCUGUUGCUUCCGAGGUCAUGGCUGUCUUGGCCCUCAGUACUGACCUCAAGGACAUGCGCGAGCGUUUGGGCAAGAUGGUCAUUGCAAGCAGUAAGGGUGGCGAGCCCGUCACUGCCGACGACAUUGGUAUCGGUGGAGCCUUGACUGUGUUGAUGAAGGACGCCAUCAAGCCCAACGUCAUGCAGACUCUUGAGGGAACCCCCAUGUUUGUUCACGCCGGACCCUUUGCUAACAUUGCUCACGGAAACUCGUCCAUUAUUGCUGAUCGCAUUGCCUUGAAGCUUGCUGGUAUUGAGGCUGGUGAGAGCGAGGACAAGAUGGGAUACGUUGUCACUGAGGCAGGAUUCGGUGCUGAUAUCGGAAUGGAGAAGUUCUUUGACAUCAAGUGCCGCACCAGUGGAUUGGUUCCUGAUUGCGCUGUCUUGGUUGCAACUGUCAAGGCCUUGAAGAUGCACGGAGGCGGACCCGAGGUGACCCCCGGCAAGCCCCUUCCCGAGGUCUACAACACCGAGAACUUGGAGUUGCUCCAGACUGGAUGCGACAACUUGAAGAAGCACAUUGAGAACACCAAGAAGUUUGGUGUGCCCGUUGUUGUUGCCAUCAACCGCUUCACAACCGACUCUGAUGCCGAGAUGGCGUUGAUCCGCAAGAUUGCAUUGGAGGCUGGUGCCGAUGAUGCAGUUGCGUGCGAGAACUGGGCCAAGGGAGGUUUGGGAGCUAUUGAUUUGGGUCAGGCUGUUAUCCAGUCGUGCAGCAAGCCCACUGCCUUCAAGUACCUCUAUGAUGUUGGGGCUGACAUUGAGUCCAAGAUCGAGACCAUCGCCAAGGAGAUGUACGGUGCCGACGGUAUUGAGCUCUCUGACCUCGCCAAGGAGAAGAUUGCCACCUACACCCGCCAGGGAUUCGGCAACUUGCCAAUUUGCAUGGCCAAGACACACUUGUCGUUGUCGCACGACCCCAAGUUGAAGAACGUUCCCACCGGAUUCAAGAUCCCUAUCCGUGAUAUCCGUGCUUCCGUUGGAGCAGGGUUCCUGUACCCUCUCUGCGGCGCCAUGCAGACCAUGCCCGGUCUCCCCACGCGUCCAUGCUUCUACGAUGUCGACAUUGACUUUAACACCGGCAACGUCGUCGGUCUCUUCUAA